GUGAACCUCCAGUGCGGGAGAGAGCAUGUCGGCCGCCAGCGGCGAGAUCCCGGUCAAAGCCACCUCUCCAUGAGAUAGUAGUCCCGCGGGGCCGCGACGAUGUCCAGCUCGGGCGCCGUCCAGGUGAAGCUGGAGCUGGGGCACCGAGCCCAGGUCAGGAAGAAGGCCACGGUGGAGGGCUUCACCCACGACUGGAUGGUGUUCGUGCGCGGACCCGAGCACAGCAACAUCCAGCACUUCGUGGACAAGGUGGUGUUCCACCUGCACGAGAGCUUCCCCCGCCCAAAGAGAGUGUGCAAGGAUCCACCGUACAAAGUGGAGGAGUCUGGAUAUGCAGGCUUUAUCUUGCCAAUUGAAGUUUACUUCAAAAACAAGGAAGAACCGAAGAAGGUUCGUUUCGACUACGACCUGUUCCUCCAUCUAGAGGGUCACCCGCCUGUCAAUCAUCUCCGCUGCGAGAAGCUCACCUUCAACAACCCCACAGAGGAGUUUCGUAGGAAGCUGCUGAAAGCCGGAGGGGUAGGACUGCAACGGGAUCCUCUCAAGCGAGGUUCGGAGGAAUCAAAAGUGAUGGUGAUGCAGGAGGGGUCGACCUCUCUGUUCAGCCAGCACCUCAAGCUGCCCACGCUGCCCAACAGCUCGCUCACGGCCUUCGCCGACCCAAAGAAGAGCAGGAGCUUCCACGGAUCAAAGGAUGGCUCCAAAGGAGGUGGCACCACCCUCCUCACCACUGCCACCACCACCAGCACCAACAGUAGCAGCUUCUCCAAACUCCACAAACCCUCAAAGGACCACAAAGUUAAGCCUCCUAAAGACUUAAAGGAGCCCAAAAGUGCCUUCAGAGACUCUGGCUGGGAAACCGGCAAAGCCCCCAAAGAAUCUUCCAAAAAACCCAAAGAGAACCAACCACUUAGAGACAACAAUCCUAAGAUGGGCUUCAAGGAACCCAAGUCUUUCUCCAAGGAGCACCGGAGCGAGGGCAUGACCCAUGGGCCGGGGCUGACCAAGCGCCUCUCCGCUCCGGACAGCAACGAUCUCGUGACCAAAAAACGCAAAAAGGGAUUUUCAGAUUCAUCAGGAAAGCAGAUGUCGGGCUCAGACGUUCAGCGCUCGGAUAAAAAACUCUUGAAGGACAGGUUGCAAAUGGGAACGAGCAAAUUACGAGCAGACGGCGACGAGGCCGAGCGCAGGAAGACGUCUACGCUGCUGCCCUUCCGGGAGCCGGACCGCAACGACUCGGACAUGGAGGACCAGUCCACCAAAUCAGACUCCGAACAGCCCAGCCCUGCCAGCUCCAGCUCCAGCUCAGGAUUCGCUCCCACGGCCCACAAACGCCAAGUUCUGGGGCCGCUGCAGUCGGUGAUGCAGGACCUGCACUCGGACGACAACGACUCGGAGGACGACGACGACGACAACGACCUGGACUCUGACGCUGAGAGAGCAGCGCACACGCACCCUGCACACCAGCAGCGCAGGGUCAGUUUGAGCGACGGCAGCGAGAGUGACGGCUCCCCGUCACCACCCUCCUCCCGUAAAGAGGCCCCCGGGCUGCUGAAGACUAACACCCAGAUCCUGGAGGUGAAGAGUCCCGUCAAGCAGAGCAAGCAGGACAAGAACAGAAUUACAGAUUGUGACAAGGCAUACCUGGAUGAGCUGGUGGAGCUGCACAAACGACUGAUGACGCUGAGAGAGAGUCACAUUCUGCAGCAGAUCGUCAACCUCAUCGAAGAGACGGGACAUUUCCACAUCACCAACACUACGUUUGACUUCGACCUGUGCUCCCUGGACAGAAGUACGGUCCGGAAGCUGCAGAGCUACCUGGAAACCUCUGGUCUGUCCUGAAGCUCCGGGAAGCUGCAGAGCUACCUGGAAACGUCUGGUCUGUCCUGAAGCUUCGGGAAGCUGCAGAGCUACCUGGAAACCUCUGGCCUGGCCUGUCCUGAAGCUCCGGGCUGCUGGAUCCGUGUCCACCCUGACUGUCGUCCCCCCUGAAACACUAACUCCUCGCUGUGGCUGCUUUGAGUCCCGCUGUCCCGGUGGACGGGGCUCUCUGAGCCCAGACGUCGUCCUGCUGCAGAACCAGAGCCGGGUGGGGGGCCCGGGCCCCGGGCCUCUCCAUCACUAGCUCACCUGGAAAGCCUUGAAACGUCAAUUGAUCCCACUCUAAAUGAAUGUGCAUAUUGUUACCAUGUAUGUUUCCUGACUUGUUGUUGGUUGUGACAAGUGCAUGGUCAGCAUUGCCUUACUACAUUGUAGAUCUUAUUUAUUGAGUUUAAUUUGCGUGUGUGUGCGUGCGUGCGUGCGUGCGUGCGUGCGUGCGUGCGUGCGUGCGUGCGUGCGUGCGUGCGUGCGUGCGUGUGUGUGUGUGUUUGAAAUGGCACUUCAUAACUGUGUGACAGCUGAGCGUUUGAGCUGAAAUCAAAUAUCACACUUUGACUGAGGACACAAACUUGCUGCAGCAGGUGUGAGGGCUGAGAAUUCUGCAUUUCUAUUCUGGUCUGUUGUUCUUGGGGGGGGGGGGGGGGGUCUCCCAAUGAAUGCUGUAAUUAAAUGUGCAAUUUCACAUUAAAUAAAAGCAGAAGCGGCAGCGAGAGCUGACUUGAGCAGACGCAUCGGCUCUUUGCAGGAAUCCCACUGCAAGCUGCUGUCAGUAAAAGAGUAAAAGAGGGAGACGGAUCAGCAGAAACAUGCAGCUCCCUUCUUAAAAGGAAACUCCUUAAGUUUGUUUUUGAGACAAAUGAACACCACUGUGUGUAAAAUGACACGACGAACUACGACUCUACCCCCUCACCACGAAGACAGGAGUCUGGCAGGUUUCUGUUUUAAACGUCUGUCUCUGUAACAUGAUGAUUGAGUACAAAUCUGUAAAAAUGUGUGAGCUGAGCGGCCUCGUGGGGCCGGAGAGGAGCGACUGUGACCUCACUUCCUGCUGAACGCUCAGCAUGUUGCUGUAGGAGACUACCCAUGAUCCUCUGCAGUUUGAUCAGAAACAAACGCUGCUGGUUAUCAGAGGACACGUCUCAGCCCUGGAGGGAGAGGAAACUCCCAGGAGCCUUUGCGACGCUGUGAGGAGGUUUUUGGGGUACGGGAGGGGCUGCUGCUGUUCUGGAUAUAAAAACAGAAUUGACUUGUUUUUAUUUAUUUUGGGAGUUGUGGAGUUGUGGAGUUGUGGAAUCCGCGCAGCAUUAAUUUUCCAAGGAGGGCCUCUCUUAGAUUUGUAUAAAUGGUGUUUGAAGAUGGAGGCCCUUCACAAACCCUGCUGGGGGUUUUCUACCCUGAGCUCUGUCUUAGGGGCUCUUUUGUACUUUGAGAAAAAUUCAAUAAAUACUCUGUAAGGUGUACAGAUGAACGACUCGUGCGUGAGCAGUCUUGUUUCAUUGUG